AUGCAGAACAGAUACAAACAACAUUUACAAACAACGCAGAACACGUACUACCAGCGCCAACCAGCAACACAGAACAACCACAACCAACACGUACAAACACAGAACAACCACAACCAACACGUACAAAGAACAACCACAACCAACAUGUACAAACACAGAACAACCACAGCCAACACGUACCAACGCAGAACAACCAUAGCCAACACGUACCAACGCCGAACAACCACAGCCAACACGUACCAAGGCAGAACAACCACCACCAACACGUACCAAUGCAGAACACGUACCAAUGCAGAACGACCAUCACCAACACGUACCAAUGCAGAACAACCACCACCAACACGUACCAACGAAGAACAACCACCACCAACAUGUACCAAUGUAGAACAACCACCACCAACAUGUACCAAUGUAGAACAACCACCACCAACACGUACCACCACAGAACAACCACAAACUACACAUACCAAUGCAGAAAAACAACCAUCAACAGGUACCAUCGCAGAACAACUACAACCAGCACGUACCAAUGUAGAACAACCACUACCAACACGUACCAAUGUAGAGCAAGCGCCACCAACACGUAUCAUUGUAGAACAACCACUACCAACACGUACCAAUGCAGAACAACUGCCACCAACACAUACUAAUGCAGAACAAGCACCACUAACACGUACCAAUACAGAACAAGCACCACCAACACGUACCAUUGUAGAACAACCACCACCAACACGUACCAAUGCAGAACAAGCACCACCAACACGUACCAAUGCAGAACAAUCACAGCCAACAUGUACCAAUGCAGAACAACCGCCACCAACAUGUACCAAUGGAGAACUGCCUCCACCAACACGUAUCAGUGUAGAACAAGCGCCACCAACACGUAUCAUUGUAGAACAACCAACACCAACACGUAUCAUUGUAGAACAACCACCAUCAACACAUACCAACACAGAACAACCACCACCAACACGUACCAAUGCAGAUAAACCACCACCAACACGUACCAACGCAGAACAACCACCACCAACACGUACCAAUGCAGAACAGCCACCACCAACACGUACCAACGCAGAACAACCACCACCAACACGUACCAAUGUAGAACAGCCACCGCCAACACGUACCAAUGCAGAACAAGCACCACCAACACGUACCAAAGUAGAACAACCACCACCAACACGUACCAAUGUUAAAACAACCACUACCAACAUGUACCAAUGCAGGUCAACCACCACCAACACGUACUAA